AUGGUGGCAGGAAAGUUGGUUCCACUGGCAGGCACACACAAUGCACCAACUAUCUCAGGUGUGAACCCACUGAAUCUGGAGAUACGGGAAGAUACACCAGUGCAUCGUCUGCUCACCACUAUCACUGCCACCAUGGCGACAGGAGAUAACUUGGUUGGUGGUCCAGUUAUCAUUAAUGCUGAUCCAGCUGAACAUCCAUUUGACAUAAUUCCAAAUGCAACAAAUCAAUGGGAUCUAGUGACAACAAGCAGCCCUGAGCUUGAUUUUGAACGCACUCCACGUUUCACACUUCAACUGCUCGUGAAAGACCAGAAGGGUAGUUCAGCUUCCCAAACCAUCGUAAUCAAGAUUCUUGAUGUAAAUGAGCCGCCCUUCUUUCUGGGAACUUUGGGUAACCAAGAUGCUGAAGUUUAUAUUGCAGAAAAUACUCCGGUUGGCACAGUAAUAUACAAAGUUUCAGCGAAAGAUCCAGACAAAAAUGAUGUCCUAGAGUAUUCAUUAUCAGGCACCACAGACUUCCAGAUCGGUGCUACAGGUUCAAUAUCUGUUGGGAAGACUCUUGAUUAUGAAAGUGCAUCAAAGAGCUAUUCCUUGGCAGCGAAGGUAAAUGAUGCAAGUGGUCUCUUUGUUACUGGAACCGUGAAUGUAUUCAUCACCGAUGUCAAUGAUAACAGUCCAGUAUUAUCUUGCACUUUCAAAAGUAUAACUAAUGGCAAGGAAACAGAAUCGAAAGAAGAUUCUAAUUCGGGGAAGACAGCAAUUCUAGAGUUAGAUGAAGAGCUGGCAGUUGGAACAGUUAUUGCCACAUGCACAGCUACAGAUGUUGAUAUUAAGAGUAAAAUCAGCUACCAGCUUGAUCCUGCAAAUACUUAUUUCACCAUUGACAGAGACACAGGAAAGGUGGUUGUUUUCUCUCAAAUGGACAGGGACCAAAAUGGAUUUCAGACAGUUCAGACGUUCUCUGCUAAAGCAUGUGAUGAAGAUCUGAAGUGCGCAUCUAUUCCAGUCAGAACGAACAUUAUUCCAGUUAAUGACAAUGCUCCAUCUUGCAACCCAUUUGUUUAUAGAAUUUCAUAUCCUGAAGUAGUCCUUCGAGGAACAGUGGUAGCAACUUUAAUUUGUACAGACUCAGACAUUCCAAGCAACGCAUUAUCAUAUCUUCCCAUAAGUGGGUUCCUUGGCCCUGGAAAUACUUUUGUCCAAAAAUCUGGUGCAGAUCAUGUUAUACAGGUAGGAGCUAAAGACUUGGAUUAUGAAGAUGUAGCUGUUGCUGCUGUGGGUUUUACAUACACAAUGAUGAUAGCUGUGUCCGAUUCAAGUAUCUCCACUCACACUGCAACUGCCACAGUGAUUGUAGAAGUUACACCUGUAAACGACUUCAGUCCAGUAUUUGAGAAGACUCCCUAUCACUUUGAUGUUUUGGAAACAGAAGCAACAAAACACAAGAUUGGGAGAGUUGUUGCAACAGAUGAUGAUUUUCCGCUGAAUUCCGUGACCUACAAGAUCAUUUCUGGAGACAUGCAAGUCAUGAAGCAGUUCUGGAUUGAUCCAAAGGAAGGAAUUCUAGAGCUGAUAACACAGUUAGAUUAUGAAUCUGUCAAAGAGUAUACUCUCACUGUCGAAGCUGUGGAUAGUGAUCCUAAUCAACCUAAAACUGCAGUCACCCAGGUCAUCAUCAAUAUAAUAGAGGAAAAUGAUGAAAAACCUAUUUGCUUUCCACUUACUUACAAAGCAACUAUUCUUGACAAUAUUGCUGUUGGAACCAAUAUCAAUAGCUUCAGACUGAGCUGUCAAGAUAGAGAUUCCAGUCACAAUGAGACACGGUUUGAGAUUGUAUCAGGAAAUGUGAACCACCAUUUUGGUUUCGACCCUGUCCGUGGACUGAAUACUCCUAAACUGAUAGUAACAGCUCCAUUUGACUUUGAGGGGAAAGUAGACGUUCAGCAUCAAUACCAUCUUGUUGUUCACAUCAUCGAUGAUAAUAUUAAUAAAGUGAAACCAAGGACAGGAACUGUGCUGAUUGACAUUACUGUAGUUGAGACAAGAACAACUGCUCCCACAACGGCAUCCUUCUAUGGAAGAAAAGGACUGACUAUCAUUAAGAGUGCAGUGAAUACCUAUAAUGGAUCAGAUUGGUAUGUUCCCUUUGUAAUCACAUUGCUGGCAAUCCUGUUGGCUAUCCUCUUUGCCCUGGCUCUUUAUCUUAUCUUGACCCGGACUAAAUGCAUACAACGCUGCAGCAAAGCAUGCACUAAAAAGCCAAAACCACCUCCCAAGAAAGUGAAGAUUUAUGUACCAGAACCUAAGAAAGAAAAAGUGGAAGUGCUAACGGAGGUAACUAAAUACGACACUGUUUUCAAUGGGCAAGCGGUCGACCCAGUUUCUGGAAGGUUGUAUGAGUACAACAGUGCAACAGGUGCCAGGAAGUGGAAGGAAGGAAAUAUACCAGAUGUGGAAAACAGGAAUACUGCACCCGAAAUACACAAGCCUGAGAAAUUUCCCUCUCCGAAAUAAAAAGAAGUUAUUACAAAGAAUAGGAAGAGAAGAUCUCAUAAAUAGGUUUAUCCUGAAAAAGGAUCUAGGUUUAUCCUCUUAAUCAAUAUAUGAUUGCUUGUUAAUAGUUUGGGAGACAUUUUACAAGGUGAACAAAGAUAUGCAUUCUGAAUAUUAUUGAGUUAUAUUUUUAAUUAAAAAGUUUGGGUUUUGAGAUUUGAUUACAAUUCCUGAUUUAGCUUUACUUUGCAACCAAUAGGUUAUAUCAAAUGUUAUUGUUUGACUUUCAAAAUAUCAUAAAAGUACAGUUUUGCUGUAAUGUAAAAACCUGCUCUGCAAUUAAACAAAAAAAUAUACUUAACGCGAUUUACAGGGUAACGGAAAUAAUGAUAGUUUCAUGAAUAAAUAAUGAAGCAAUUUUCUUGUCAUUGCUUGAUUUAAUCAAAUUAGUGGGGCAUUUAUGAAGUCUGUAUUAUUGUUCUAUCAAUUUAUUACCAGUGGAACUAUAACAGUACAGAAUUGGUAUAAGUAUGUUGCUUUCUUGGGUGCAUUUGCUAAUAUAGAAGGAGACCAUUCAGGCUAUUAACAUUGUACUGGCUCCCAGCAGUGCAACCUGUCAGUCCCAUUUCCAUCUCCUUGCAACUUAAUCUCUUUCAUACUCAUUAACUCAACCUUGUCUCUUUUGCCACUUAAAUAAUGCAAUGGAUAAUUUAUAUUUACCAAUUAAUCUCCCAGCCCAAAACGGGGAGGAAGCCGGAGUGCAUGAUCCUGAGGGGCUCAUGGAAAGCCAAUGCGUACAGCACCUCAAGCCAUGGCUGAACCAUGCCCAUUAAAAAAGUAAAAGCCAUUCUUGGGUAGCAAACAGUUGCCUUUUUUAUCAGAUGUCAAGUCAGUCUUGCCAAUAGAUCAGAAAAUUGAUUCAGUAUGAUAGCCCUACCUUCACAAUAUCGCACAAACACACAUGACUAAGAAGAAAGAACAAUUACAAGUAGAGGGAGAGCUGAAACUUGUUCUGCUGUUUGCCGGAGUGAAGGUACUGUAUGUAUGUUGAACAUUUGAAUUUAAUAAUAAUACAGGAACUCCAUCAUCUGUAGGAGUGUCCGUAACUUGGAUUUUUGUAACCUGGGGAUGGCCUGUACAACUUCUAUAACUGGAACUGUGAGGUGGCACCGCCGAUGGCUGCACCUCUAUUCCAAUUAAAUAUCCCAAGUCCUCAUAUAUUCUAUUUCAACUUGAUUUCUAGAUGUUCUUUUGUUUGGAGGGAGAGAGCAACAGAAACAUUAGGUAAGGUUUGUCAUUGCCACCCGGUUACUGGAGAACCACAAGCUAAGAGAACUGGAAUGGAAGCUGUGACAUUUCUUUCAGGUUUUUGAUAUCUAAAGUGUGAGGCACAAUAUUUCAAAAUGUGGCAAAAAGCAUGAAAAGAUGCAGGGACAAUAUAUUUGAUGUAUAUCAGUAUUUUUUUCAGCUUCUCAAAAUAACCUUUGUAACAAGCCUAUUCUAAACUUGUUAAUUUACGGAUGUGUACAUGUAAGAUGCUUGUCCUUCAUUAAAAUCUAAUUC